UUGCGAACUCAACUUUGGUGCUAAAACUACUUAAAAAUGUUCGGCUCGAAGCUGCGUUCUUGGAUGGAGACGCACAUCGUGCGUCCCCGCAAGAAAGGUAAUAAGCGUAAGGAGCUGGAGAGCGGCAGCGCUGGCAAGAAGGCUGGCACUCUGCCCCAAAGCAGCAAUCUCAAGAGCAAGUCGACCACUCUACCCACCAGCCCAGUGCUGACGAGCAGUGGCGGCAGCCACAGCGUCAUCGCUAGUCCGGUACGCCGGCGUGAGGUCUCUCCCAUACAAUGUCAUACACCCAGCCGUUAUGGUUGGCAGUCACCCGAUCAGGACACAAUAACUUCUCCCAAGUCCGACAAUCUUCUCUAUGCGCCGCAUCGAUAUCACCGGCAGCCCCAAAUACCGCCAAAAUCGUCACAACAGCUGAAUGUGCCCAACAGCAAGGACAGUUCAAGUGCCGACAAGUCACCCAUCAAGGUGAAUUGUUCCUCGUCCUCCAUAUCCUCGCUAUCCUGGUCAACGGGCUCCAAGGAACCCUCUAUGCACUCUACGGUGGCUAAGCACACAACUUUUAAGCUAGAGUCGGCAGAGUUGGCUUUGUCGCGAAGCUAUUCGGACUACCAUGACACCAUGCCCGAAUUAGUUGCAACCGCUGAAGAGGAAGUGGAGUACGAGGAAGUGGGUGCGCUUUUGUUGCGUCCUCAACCACCACAGGGACGGCAAGACAUCGCGGAUUAUCAACGACCCCAUUCAGAAAAUUUGACCAGCUUGCACCUUAGCUAUGAUAUGAAGAGUAGCGAGGAUAGCAACCAUGUGCGUUACGGGCGUCUUUUGCCCUCCAAGCUGGCUACACAGGUAUCCGAUUCAGUGGAGAGUUUAACCGUGAAGAGUGAGUGUCUGGCGGCACCACUUCCAGUGCUUCCUCCUGCCCCCUCUGUGGGUCGCCUGCGAAACAGUCGUGGCCUGCCACGCAGCAACUUGAUGCCUGGUAGUCGUGCUCCCCUUGGCAUGGCCGGACCACCACACAGCUUAUCAUCGCCAGAAAGUGCGUACUCUACUGGCUAUUCUACCGAUGGGACCUCCCCAUGCGCUGGCAAUUACAAUCCACCGGAAUAUUACAUCAACAUGCGGACGGGUACCCACUACUUUCCCAAGAGUGUCAAUUCACUGGCUAUCGAAGCUCAACGCUACAAGUUCGGCUUGAACCGCAUUGAGGAGAUGUCACCGUUAGACCCAUUGCCCAAGAGCAGUUUCGGUAAUACUUGUGCCAAUAAUUUUGGUCAGCCGCGGCUGGAGCCCAGUCCUAGUCCAUUGGCUUUGCGUCAUGCCGCCCCCAAGCUCUUCGAGUCACCCUCUCCACGUCAACGUUGCCGCAUACGUACCAAUCCCUGGUACUCAACUGGGGAGACGCCUGCCAUGCAUCUCACACCCGCAGCAGGAGCAGCAACAGCAUCAGCGACAACAACAAUAAUGCGCAUGGAAGUGGAUGCCACCAGCACCACCUCAACAACUUCCUCGGGCAUCAAGUCGAGCAAUGAGCUGGAAGCGCUGGCCAUGGAACGUAGCAAGAAAAACAUAACAAUAACGUCAACCCCUCUUUGCAGGAAAAAUGGCAACAAGUUGGGCAUGGGCAUGGGAACUUCAGCCCCUACCAACAUGAACGCUGCUUUGCUGUCAAAGUCAUACGAGUCGUCUGAGGGUUCCUCGUCCUCGACUGAAGUGGAAAAUGCACGCGCCUACUCGCCACACACCAUCAAGCGCAAGCAUUUUGAGCGACUGGGCACGAUGGUGGCUGCGAGUGAGCAAGCAGCCUGCAGCAAGGACAUCAUCCAUCGUCAGGUGCUUUCGGAAUGCCAAAUUAUGCAGCAGGAGUCCCUUUUCGUGGUGAGCGACGAUGAAGCGACACUAAACGAAAUGAUUGGCAAGUUUGAUGAGAGUUAUGUCUAUGAGAAGGAGACAGACAUACUAAGCAGCGACUCGGAUCCCACAGACUGUGCUUCUGAGUUGGACACUGGCCAGGACGCAGGGGACGAGUGCGAUACUGACGAGUUGCUGGAUAUUGACUUCAUAGAUACAUCAUCCAUGCAGGAAUUGGUGUUGGAGCGUAAGGAGCUGCAGCGUAAUUUAGGCAGCUGCCAUUACUAUCCGAACACCAGCCCAACACGCUCUGCCUUACGCCAGAGCUUUGAGCGUAAAUCAUCGGUGCGAUCGCGGCGCAGUGUUCGUUCUGCUAAAAAUACACAGGAUGUCCAAUCGGGUGGUGUGGUAUCGAGUGCAGCCCUACAACGCAGACGCAAGCGUUUUAUGAAGACACGCAAGAAGAGCUGCGAGAAUAGGGACAAACAUCUCGAAUCGCCCCUACAACGACCGCGUGAAUCGAGAAGCGUUGGUGGCACUCCCGUUUGCUUGCGUCGAAAUCACCAGCUGGGAGGUGCAAAGGAUAGAAUAUAUAAAACAUCGCCGCUUUCAAAUCGAUCCAAUUCGCUUAUCUUUGGCACCGUGCCAGAGAAACACUUUAUGACUAUAGCAGAGAGCGAGAAGGCACUGCUUAAAGCGGACAUGGAAGCCGACAUGAAGUACCGACAACUCAUUAUGGAAGCGGAGUCGCUGCUCGAGUCCAUGAAGAACAGCUUGCAAAGCAUACCACGUGACACGCCCGUCGCCAGUCCCAGACGUUUGAAUCCCUUGGCCAACAAGCGCGUUGAAAUGCUCAAAAAUAGCGAAGUGGAGUCCAAGAAACAAGCAGCUCCUCAAAAGGAGCCAACAUCGGAUCAUGAGUUGGCGGCGGCUAUUAAUAAACGCAUCGAACUACUUAAAUUUGAAACUGCUUCGGCUCCAAACAGUCCCAAGAUGGGACGUUGUAGUCCUCGUAAAACGCACCUAACCAACUUUAUGAACCAGAAUGCACCUCCCGAGCUACCACCUCGUAAGAACAACGCCGCUGAUCAGCCCUACAAGGUGCCUCUUUCCCCUCAGUUGCAGCUAAAUGGUCGCCGUUUGCAGAGCAGUCCUCUGGGCUCGCCCCGGAGUUCGCGACGUUUGCAGUCGUCGCCCUCGCCCUCGCCGCGUCGUUCCGGACUGUGGAAUAUGGCAUUGCUUAAUUUAAACGGUAGCGACUCGGAACUGGAGUGCAUUACCGUGGAACGACAGAGCACUGAGGACGUAGCUAAUCACAACUAUUUGCAACAGGAGCCAGCACUCCAAUUCAACAAUGCCGACUACAAUAAUAGUAAUGUGGCACUUUCGGAGAGUAGUGUCCAGGCCAGUUUUUAUUGCCCACACAGUGAACCGUUGAAGCGCAAGGUCUACAAGGGCAGCUCUUCGUUCGAGCGCAUUAAGAAGACAUUCGACUUGGAAUUAGAUAUGAGCCAACAAACAAAGACGGACGUCUGUGGAUUUCCGGGCGAAAAUCGUCAACAACAAUCCAAGUUGGUAUCUGUUUCGGCCAAGAGCUCCAUGCAUGACGUUAACAAUGAUACAGCUGAGACUCAAAGCAACCAUUGCAAGCAGCAAAUUCUGCUCAGCACUAUUGUGGAUCUGAAACGUAGUCUGGAGCAUCAGAGCUACGAACUUAGUGGUCUAAAUGGUGAAUAGUUGCCAACAAAAACUAGUAGAAGACAUAGACAUGGUAUUACAAGUGGACUGAAAGCUAUUAUUUAAGCCUAAUGCAUAUGAUAUUUGGCUUCCAGUUGAAGCCAACAUACGUAAUCAUCUCAUCAUACAUACAUAUGCUGUAGUUGUAGUUAUAUUUACAUUAUUGGGGAGUGGCUCUUUCUAGUCACUCCGGCACAUGGGAAAUUGAGUGCAAUAACUUUGAUGAAUAGUCUUAAAACAUAAGUUUCGCCUAUUUUUUGAUUAUUAUAAUUUGUUGUUUUUUUUUUUAAGAAAACUGUUUUUAUAGACGUUAUACGAGUAUACCUAAAAAAUAAGUAGUUGACUUCA